UUGCCCAGUCGGCCCAAAGCUCUUCGGCCUGAACUCUCUCGAUUGAUUUGCCAAAAAGCUAGUUACUUGCUCUCUGUAGCUGGUGAAUGAGCACGAAGAACGAUGGGAAUUUUCUUGUAUGGGUCUCCCAAAUGCAAGUACUUUCCGGAAGACGAUGCAGCGACAAACCAUUUCGCAGGAAAAUAAGGAAGCCAGAAGCUGUACGAAUCGCCGUCGCAGCCACGAGAAGGCAAGCUCAUUGUCCUUGGCCGUGUGACCGCAAUGAGACCGAUAAGGCUUCCCGAGCCGCCGUCCGGAUUCAGUGGCGUGCCUGACAUCCUCGAUGGUGCUAUCAGGCGAGCUCUUGUUAUCGGCAACGGCUUUGCCGGCGCCGAGAACCAGUGCAUCGGUUUGGUUCGCUCUCUCGGCCUCGCCGAUCGCCACUCUUUCCAACGUGUUACUAGGCCUAGAGGUGGGAUUAAUGAAUGGCUUCAUUGGAUUCCGAUUUCCCUCCAUAAAAAAAUUAAUUAUGUUGUGAAAAGCGUUUGGGGUGAUUCAAGGUUUCGAACGACGGUUGAAAGCAAUAAAGUCAUGCCUCUUUCAGCUGAAAAAAGUGGAUUAUUGAAUGUUUUGGAAGCUGAUCCAAAGCAGAUUGCAGUAAUGGCUCGUGAAUCGUUUGAAAAGGAGGGCCCACUGUUGGUGAUUGCAUCCGGGCGGGACACUAUUCCUGUUGCAAGCACAAUAAGAAAGUUGGCUCCAGAGAACGUUUUUGUUAUUCAGAUACAACAUCCAAGAUCCCGUCUAGAUAGGUUUGAUUUGGUGAUUACUCCUCGUCAUGAUUAUUAUCCACAGACAGCUCAGGCGCAAGAGCAAAUUCCCUGGUUUCUUCAGAGGUGGAUAACUCCACGUGAUCAUCCUGAUAGUCAUGUGAUUCUCACAGUGGGCGCCCUUCAUCAUGCUGAUUCUGCCGCUCUUAGAAGUGCUGCCUUCACCUGGCAUGAUGAGUUGGCAUAUCUUCCAAAGCCCUUGCUUGUGGUCAAUAUUGGUGGUCCCACAAGCAAUUGUCCCUAUGGUGCUGAUCUUGCAAAGGAGUUGAUAGCUAAGCUGCAGGAUGUACUGUGGAGCUGUGGAAGUCUCAGAAUAUCUUUCUCUAGGAGGACUCCUCUGAAUGUGUCUGAAAUGUUUCUUAGUGUAUUCAGGGCUAAUUCUAAAGUUCACAUUUGGGAUGGUGAAGGUUCAAACCCACACAUGGGACAUUUAGCUUGGGCUGAUGCUUUUGUUGUAACAGCUGAUUCUGUGAGCAUGUUGAGUGAGGUCUGCAGUACAGGGAAGCCAGUUUAUAUUGCUGGAGCUGAACGGUGUAGGUGGAAGUUUGCUGACUUCCGGAAUUCCUUGCAGGAACGAGGAGCAGUUCGAGCUUUCACUGGAAAAGAAGAUAUAUCUGAGACCUGGAGCUAUCCUCCACUUAAUGACACCGCCGAGUCUGCUGCUCAGGUGCAUGAAGCACUUGCCAAGCGCGGAUGGAGGAUAUGCACGUGAUGGGCCUUCUGUUGUUGAGCCAAUGUGGCCUUGUCACUCGCUCUGCUGUGGCACGUCUAGUGCAUGUCAUUUGGGUUGGCUAGUACCCACUUGGUAACCCCAGUGAAAGUAUGUAAAGAUAGCUUCCGUUUGCUAAUGUUCCAAGUAGUCCAAUCUUGUUCUGUGGUUAUCCAUUUCUGCGGAGCACAACUUUAGGUUGUGCAUUUUUGAAGAAAGAGUAGCUAAUUGGCAAGUACGUCCUGCGUGCUACGAAUGGCUGCUUGGAUUUUUGACAUGACCCUGCAAGUAAUUUGGCUCAAUUUUACGUCU